CACACACCUGACCAGGUGAGAUACUGAAAGCUCCUCGGCUCCCCCUUCUGCAGCAAUGUGACGUUGUUUUCCAUCCACGAAGAUCUAAGGGAAAUUCGACAGUUUCUCAGUCAAGGCAACAACAAGAUUUCUUCUCUGGCUGGUUGACCUCUCCGUGAUCUCCAACUAUGGAUAAAUUAAAAUCGGUUUUAAGUGGAGAGGAGGCGCGAAGAGAAGACCGAACCGUUUUAGAGUCUAUAAAUGAAGCCUCUACUUUAGGAUGGGGCACGCGUUUGAAGGGGUUCAUCGCCUGUUUCGUGGUGGGAGCCGCGUGCACAGUUUUGGGAGUUUGUGUGUUAUUUCUCCCCAGGAUCGGCCUUACUCUCUUCAUCGUCUUUUACACAUUUGGAAAUAUCUGUGCCCUUGGCAGCACAAUGUUUCUGAUGGGCCCAGUAAAGCAGCUGAAGAGGAUGUGUGACAAAACCAGAGCCUUGGCCACCACAAUUAUGUUUACUUGCCUUGUGUUGACUCUGUGUGCAGCCUUCUGGUGGAAAAACUUUGGGCUUGCUUUAUUAUUUUGCAUUUUGCAAGUCUUGUCGUUUACCUGGUACAGUCUGUCAUACAUCCCGUGUGUGAGGGAAGCGAUCAUGAGGAUGGUGGCUAUGUGCUUGAAGUGAACCCUGGGUUUUGGGGGGAGGGUUCAGGUUGGAUGAAGUAAUUAAAUAAAGGGACAGGUCUUACAUUGACGUUACUGAACAGCCUGCUGGUGGCUCUGUUUAAGGGAGUCUGUGACUCUUUCUGUUGCACAGUCCUUCUAAUUGGUGAAAAAGGCACAUUUUACCUCUGAAGAUUUUCUUUUUUGCAAUAUUAAUAGAGAUGAUUGAUUCUUGACAUAUCUGUUGAUUCUUUUUAAGCUAAUCCUGAUUAUCGUGGCUUUUGUGUGUGACGUGUAAAUAUCUCUAAUAAAUUCAAACUAUUAAA